AUGAAAGCGGUGAGUCCCGCCCGGCCCCCGGGCAGGAAGGCUGCGCCCGGAGGCUGCUGCUGCGGCGGGGGAGGCGAGCUGGCGCUGCGCUGCCUGGCCGAGCACGGCUGCUCCAAGGGCGGCGGCGAGCCGGCGGCGCCUCUGUGCCUCCAGUGCGACAUGAACGACUGCUACAGCCGCCUGCGCAAGCUGGUGCCCACCAUCCCGCCCAACAAGCGGGUCAGCAAAGUGGAGAUCCUGCAGCACGUCAUCGACUACAUCCUCGACCUGCAGCUGGCCCUCGAGACCCACCCGGCCCUCCUCCGGCCCCAGCAGCAGCAGCAGCAGCACCCGCCGCCGCCCCCGCUCCACCCGCCCGGGCCGCCCCGGACCCCGCUCACCGCCCUCAACGCCGAGCCGGCUGCUGCUGUUAAUAAGCAAGGGGACAGUAUUCUGUGCCGCUGAACUGCACUUUCAAGGUGUGCGGCAGGCAGAUCCUGAGCCAGAGAAGCAGAAAGGAAAGACACAUUAGAAAGGGAGGGGGGGAAAGAAAGAAAGAAAUGUCAGCCACUGGGCAAAAGGAAAAAAAAAAAUCAUUCGACUUCUCCAGAGUUCUUUCCAUACUUCUUUUAGUGAGAGAGAGAGAAUUUGUCACGACUUUGCACGUUCAUAGCAUUUUACACACGUGUCUUUAUUUUGUUUGUUUGUUUGGAAAUCAGAUGUGAAUUGUAUACUUGUCUUGGAGGGACGGGAUUUAAAUCUUCAGCAUAAGUAUGGCUCUUCUGUUGGACAGAAGAUCAAGGGGAAAUGGGGAGUUUUAGAAGUCUAACUUUAAUGGGCUGAACAGCUGAAAUUUGAAGCUUUACUAAUCUACCAGAGGCAUUGUAGAUAACUUUUGGGUUUUGACAUCUAUUGUUUAAAAUAGAUGGUUUUAUUGUUUCCUUUGGGGACUUUCUGCUCCCUGCAGGAAUGUUACAUAUUGUAUAGAAUACAAAAAAGGUGACAUUUCAUACUAUGUAUAUAGAGAGGUUCUAUAAGUGUGAGAAAAGUAUAUGCUUUAAUAGACUACUGUAAUUAUAAAAUAUUUUUAAUUAAAUAUUUUUUGUAAAUAUUAUAAAGCUGUGUAUGUUUUUUUUAAA